GCUGUGCUCCAGUGAUGUGACGACGGCAGAGGGGGAGUGAAGCACGGCUAGUUACAGGGAGCGAAUAGGGGAGGUGCAUUUCAUUACUCUACCUAUCUUUAUACGAUACGGCGGCGGCUGCGGCCACAUUCAUUGUUAAUUUUUUUUUUUAAUUAAUUAAAUAGUGCUGAGUCAGAUGUCGCUAACCGCCGGCUCGCUGCUUCAUGAAGGCCGGGGUCUGUGCUAGCAUAGUGAAGUUAAUGUUGUUAGCAGCCUGCCGCUAGCUGCUACUGCUAACUCCCGUCGGUGUCCACAAACAACUUGUCAACAGCAGCUCAAUCCUGGACGGGACGUGUGCUGUCGGCUUUGCUGCUUUAUUAUAUUUUUACAUUUCUCACUUUGGGCUGUUUCUCAAAGCUGAAACCGACUGAGCCAGAGACCACCACCAGUGAGAGAGGGAAGCUACGAUGACAACGUGACAGGAAGGGGAGCCGCUGUGUCAGCUUGAACAGAGACCAUGGAUGGGGUUCAGCCGCCUGCCACAGAGCAGUGCGACAGGGAGAAUGGCUGCUGUGAGCCACAUACCCCCGAGGACACAGCUGAUGUCAGGUGGACAGCUCUGGAGGUGGAGUCUGGAGCCUCAAACUGUGACGGGGGGGAAAAAGUGGUGGAGCUGACCGAGUUGAGAGCCAGAGAAGAUGAUCAGGAGGAGGAGAGCGAUGGCUUGGCUGCUUGUAAAGGCCUGAAGGAGGACCAGCAGGAGGGAGAGAAGGAGCGUCUCAGUAAGGAUGGGAGCAAUCACAGCAAGCAAGACAGCACUGCUGCUUCAAACUACACAGACCUGUCCCAUUCCUCGCCCCCCUCGCUGUCGGAGCAGCUGCGUCUCGGCCGAGAGGACAGCACUGGACCUGGAAUCAGUGUUGAGUGCAAAAUCUGUGGCGACAAGGCCUCUGGCUUCCACUAUGGCGUGCAUGCCUGUGAGGGCUGCAAGGGCUUUUUCCGACGAACCAUCCGGAUGAAACUGGAGUAUGACCGCUGCGAGCGCACCUGCAAGAUUCAGAAGAAGAAUCGAAAUAAGUGCCAAUAUUGUCGCUUCCAGAAGUGCCUGUCUUUGGGAAUGUCCCAUGAUGCGAUCAGAUAUGGGCGUAUGCCUGAGGCAGAGAGGAAGAAGCUGGUGGCCGGCCUAAUGGCAGAGGAGUCAAGCCCUGGUAACCCUGGGGGCUCAGACCUGAAGACCCUGGCCAAACAGGUCAACAUGGCUUACCUGAAGAACCUCAGCAUGACCAAGAAGAAGGCACGCAGCAUCCUGACAGGCAAGACCAGUGGCUCAUCGCCAUUUGUGAUCUAUGACGUGGACACACUCUGGCAGGCAGAAAGCGGUUCAGUGUGGAGCCAGUUACUUCCAGGUGCACCGCUGGCGAAGGAGAUCGGCGUGCACGUGUUCUACCGCUGCCAGUGUACCACAGUGGAAACGGUGCGGGAGUUGACUGAGUUUGCCAAGUGCAUUCCAGGCUUUGUGGACCUUUACCUUAAUGACCAGGUGACUUUGCUGAAGUAUGGGGUGCAUGAGGCCAUUUUUGCCAUGCUUCCCUCUCUCAUGAACAAAGAUGGACUCUUGGUGGCCAAUGGUAAAGGCUUUGUGACCAGGGAGUUCCUGCGGAGCUUGAGGAAGCCCUUCAGUGAGAUCAUGGAGCCUAAAUUUGAGUUUGCUGUCAAGUUCAAUGCUCUGGAGCUGGAUGACAGCGACUUGGCCCUUUUUGUUGCUGCCAUCAUUCUUUGUGGAGAUCGUCCCGGACUAAUGAACGUGAAGCAGGUGGAGCAGAGUCAGGACAGCAUCCUCCAGGCCCUGGACCAGCACCUCCAAGCUAACCACUCCGACUCCCUCUACCUCUUCCCCAAGCUGCUGCAGAAAAUGGCCGACCUCCGUCAGCUGGUUACUGAGAAUGCUCACCUGGUUCAGAAAAUCAAAAAGACUGAGUCUGAGACCUCGCUGCACCCUCUGCUACAGGAAAUCUACAAAGACAUGUACUAGUGUUCUCCAGCACAGAUUGCUUAUAGCAAUAUGGUCUCAUACUGAAAUGUUCAUGUUCACACACUGCAUUCUGUACAAGCACCACUCCACGAACAGGGCAUGAAAACAUUUUAACGCAUGCAGUUGACGCAGAAAAGGUACAUGGAAGGGCUAACACAAACAGCAAAGACUUCAAUAUCAGACUUAGUUUCUUCACAGUGUGUGCGAUUAGCAUCUAGAAUCACGUCACAGGUCGUAGUUUCCCACAGCAGUCACCUAACAUGUAGAAAAUGUUUUUGUUUUUUUUUUUAAAACUGAGGUUCGGAGGUCUGUUUCACUUGAACACUGACUCAGAUGCGCUGCUCCCAUUUCAUCGCCCUUAGCAAAGCUGACUCCAGGACAGUGUGCGGAGAGACUUUGGCUCUGUGUUUUGCUGUAAAGGGAAGAUUUCGUGUUUAUAUACAUAUGAGAUAGGACAAAUAGAAAAGAGCUGUCACGUUUGUACUGUAAGAGAAUUUUAUAUGAUGCCAGUGUCUUUGGUAGUUUGGUUGAUUUACUCAGGCUUUUGGUCAAGCAAAAAAAAAAAAAAAAUGCACAACUGAUUUUUGUUUACAUCAUAAUCAUUCACUUCUUUAGGAUCCUUAAGCAACUAGGACACAAACUGGGCUGGCUCCAGCAGUGUAGAGCUCUCUCUUUCAAUGCGGCUGCAUCUGUGCAAUACCAUUUCUCUUUGUCAAUAAAUUGGGAGAAUAGUUUCCUGACCCAAGUCAUAGCGGGUUAUUUGUUUUAAAAGCCAUCCACCCAAGUGGUAACUGUAAUAAAUGAACUAUGCUGCACAGAUUUAGUUUUUGAAGCUAAUGACACUAUAAACACAUGACUUUUUGAAUUAGAAGGGACAGUGUGCUCUUUCUUUUUCUUUUUAGUUCAGCAAAAUAAUUCUGAACUUUGUCAUAGUGAGGGUUUUCUUGGCUUCUUUGUAUUUACGUUACUAAUCAGUAAUUACUGAACUGGUGAUAUGUUUAAGGGCAAAACGUGAUUCAUCAACUUGUUUUUAUAUCUUAAGUAGUCAUAUUCUUUCUUACUGUAUGUCUUUACUGAGUGUAGGUUUGUACCAAAUAUGUUCCCAUAUCUUUGCCUGAUGAGGAAUGUGGAUCACGUGACAGCAGGAGACAGGCUAGGAGCAAUGUGCUAUGAUGUCCUUCCUGGGAAAACUGAUGGUUAUUAUUUGACGUCAACGUCCACUUUCUGUAACAUCACAAGUCUCCUCUGUAUCAACUCAGUGUAUGACCUGGCCUGUUUGUGUGCACAGUGCUAGUCUCUUGAUAGGAAAUCCUCAUACCAGCCUUAUAGUAUCUGGAAUUUAUGUGCCACAGCACCCAUUUACUCUGUACUGGAUGCAUUACAGCAGCGGCUCUCAACUGGGACCCCCCCUCAAGCACCACCAGAAAAAUGGGGACUAUUUUAGUUUCACUGUUAUUUCAUUGAGUAGAAGUUAGCUCAAUGAGACUGUUCACUUCAGGUGUUUCACAGUUAAUCUGCCAAUCUACACUAUAGACAGUUAUGGAUUUCUAAAUUGUGAUAUUACAGAUUACCAAAUUCAGGAUCUGUAUGAUUUUGGGGGUCCUUGACACCAAAAAGGUUGAGAGCCACUGCAUUACUGUACAUCACAGUCAGAGCAAAGUCCACCUUCCAAAGUCUAUUGUAAAGCUUCCUCUUGUACUUCUCUUGUUUUUUUUGGGGUUUUUUUUAUAUUAUUUUUAUUUUUUCUUGACCCCAGUCUACCUCUACAUGUUGUGUUCCUUUAUUCUGUGACAAUGUGCUACUGUCUGUUCUAAUUUCUGAACAUGUUUGCCUUAAUUUACUGCUACCGGUACACAUUGCAGAGUUAACACCGCUGGUUGAUGUGCAGUGUGCCAAGCAAAAAGGCGUGGAUAAAACAGGAAAAACAAAAAAAGGACAGUAAAUGUUGAUGUUAACUACCUCUA